AUGAAGCCUGAACUUAUGCCGAGGGUUAAAGAAAUGUGCGAAGAAUUCGUAUCAAGUUUUGUCAAUCGCGAGUACCAGAAUAUACCGCCGGAAAAACUUAUCCAUGAUGGAACUUGGAAAGAAUCUGAGGAAGAAAUUGCAAGUGUUAUAAGAGGGCUUUUUACUCUUCUGGAAGAGAUUUGGAUUAACCCGGCCUUCAAUUCCGAACUAGCAAAAUCGUUAAAUGAAGGAACUUACCAAUCGACCGUAAUUUUAUUGUCAAUUCGAGCGAUAUUAAAAAAUCUCCCUUUUAGUUUGUUCUCAUUUAUCAGCGCCUCAGAACGGCAGAGCAUUGCUAGUUCUGAUAGAAAAGGCAAAGGGCGGGGAAGACGACCGGAUAUUAUGUUUGUGAUAAAAUAUUUAGAGAUCUUCUUCGAACUUAUGUACUUAGAAUGUCCGCGAUUAUAUUGUGACCCUCGGAAAAAGACGGAUGAUGAGAUAAAACUAUGGAGGGAGACUAAUGAUGGUAUAUAUUGGGUUCGCAGAGUCCUUAAACCGGAGAAAGAACAAUUCGGAAUAGUUGGGGUGCAAAUAGCAGGUAAUAUAUUGCAUCUGAAUGUUCUCGUCAGAGAUAUAGCUGAUAUCCAUAGAUAUUUACAUAUACAAUCAGCUGAAAUCCCAUCAAGUGCAGAUACUGUAACUAAAUUCGUAGAAACCCUUUUGUUUUUACGUAAUAUAUUAAUUACAAAUUUGUCUCUGCUAUAUCAUGCAUCGGCAUCUAUAUCAGAAAGACAAAAAGAAAAUAGUACAAAUGUGGAUUCCGAAUAA